GUUCCAGAAAGAGAUGCUGAUGUCAAUAUCGAGAAUAAAAAUUUAUCUGGAGAUGGUUAUGAGACUCCUGAACCUACUGAACAAAUUUCUCCAGAUUCAUUAAAUUCUUCUUGUUCAUCAUAUCAACCACAUACUAGUUCUGAUGAUGACGAAACAAUAGUUAAUAAGUUAAAGAAAUUUGAUUAUCUUGUUGGGCCGGGGAAAAUAGAGUUUGAUCUAAACAGAGAUUCUAUUCGGUGGAUGGUUGAUGACUUGGAUAUUUCAUCUAUCAGUGAAUUAUUUCGCAAUAAUUCAAUAGAAAAAUCACAACGCCAAGUUCUUUCAGUACAUGAAGAACUUGCAUUAAGUCACAUAUUUCUCAUUGAAGAAGAAAAUAAUGCUGGUUUAAAAGAAUAUCUUAAUGCAGACAGUUGGGUGAAAAUUAAUGAUCAAAUUCGUAUUGAAUAUCCAUUUGUAAAAUUAAAUGAUUCUAUCUACGAAAUUUGGACUAAUAUAUCUAAAAUCACUUGUAAACAACAAAAUCAUUUAAAAUUAAAAAAAGAAGUCAAGACAUUCCUUCGACAAUACACUUGUAAAGAUGAACUAGAUGAAUCAAUUAUUGGAGUUUAUGAAAAUUUAAUAAAUCAAUUUCAAACUACCUUUAUCAAUGAAGAAAAAAUUGAAGAUACACAUGUGCAUAAAUAUGUCACACCUAUUGUAGAUCCUUUUUUUCAAGAAGGAAAAAUAAGCAUUGACUGGGCAAAUCGGAUGUCAUCUUCAUCCACCAUUGCUAAGAGGGCUUUCGAUCCAUGUUUAUUUGGCAACAAACCAGAUUUUGUUUUUAAAACCACCAAUCAACAAAAGUUUAUUGAAGUAUUAAUAGGUGAAGUGAAACCCCCUAAGUCAUGUAAAAUCUCAAUAGAAGCUGACACAGUAACAAUUGGUAAAAUAAUGAAAUCAUCACUGGAUUUAUCUAUUGAAUAUGGUAUAGAGGAUAUUUCUGUAUAUGGUUUGCAAUUUGCUGGCUAUAAUGGUAAAUUUUAUGGAAUGGACCUCAACUAUGAUGGGGUAUACAGAAUGAUGCUCCUGGGACAGUUCCAAGUACCGCAUGGUCCUGAAUCAUUUGGUUCUCUGAUAAAUUGUUUUCAGAUUUUAGUUACAGCACAG